CAACCCUUCCAACCUCCUCCAACAUACACAAUUCCUCAUCUCCACGCCAGAACCACUCCAUCGACAAUCCACAAUCCUCCCCACUAAUACCUCCGGCCAAAUCCAGCACAGCAGCACGACCUCCCAUCCCCCCGCAACUCAAUUCCUUACCCCUCCUCACCAACCCCAACCACCACUCACUCCGAAGAAUACAAGUCCAGGACCAAAAGAACCCAAAUAAACAAGAAUGCUCAUCAUCGGCCUAACAGGCUCAAUCGCCACCGGCAAAUCCACCGUCUCCAACUUCCUCUCCUCACCUCCCUACUCCAUCCCCAUAGUGGACACCGACCUACUCGCCCGCCAAGUCGUCGAACCAGGAACCCCCGGCUACAAAGCAAUCGUCAACUACUUCGGCCCCAGUACCCCCGACCUCCUCCUUCCACCAUCCCCAGAUGAUCCGACGGGAUCCAAACGGCCCCUGAACCGGCCUGCGCUCGGCCGUCGCGUCUUCGGUACCACAGAGGAGCGCAAGCGCGAUCGCAUGAUCCUUAAUAAGAUCGUCCAUCCGGCUGUUCGAUGGGAAGUCUACAAAUCCCUCGUUUAUUACUAUAUCCGGGGCCAUUGGGCUGUGGUCCUUGAUGUUCCGCUUCUGUUUGAGAGUGGGAUGGAUUUCAUCUGCGGGACGGUGAUUGUUGUCGGGGUGAGGGAUCCGGAGGUGCAGAUGGCGAGGCUGCGUGCGCGGGACCCGCAUUUGAGUGCGGAGGAUGCGGAGAAUCGUGUGAAGAGUCAGGGUGAUGUAAGGGGGAAGGUGGAGAAGGCUGAGUUCCGGGGUACCGAAUCUGCGCGGGGUGUCAUUGUCUGGAAUGAUGGGGAUAAGAGUGAUUUGGAGAGGGAGGUGAGGAAGGCUGUUAGUACUAUCUCGGGGACCAGUCCGAGAUGGUGGGCUUGGUGUUUGCUUUUGGCGCCGCCGUUGGGAGUUGGUGCUGCGGUUUGGAAUAUGGCGGUUAAUUUUGUGACGCAGAAGAGUUGGGAGAAGAGGGCUAAGGAGGAGAAGGCUAAAUUGUAGAUCUAUUCUGUUACUUUUAUAUUUUUGAGGCUUGUGCUUGGGUACUGUUUCUUGGGUGAUUGGCGCUGGGUUGGGGAGUUCAUGUCGUGUAUACGUUUAGCUGAUGGAGUACUGCAAAGACUAUACCAAUCUUAUGUUAUACCCUUUUACUUGGAACAUACUCUGGACUCGGUAUAUUUGGGUGUCUAUGUCCAGGAAAGAAAGCUUCAAUGCCCUAUAUUGCCAUUUUAUAUGCAGAGAAAUAAGACACGUUCAACGAAGAAACAUUCAAGAGCUGAAGAGAAGUCUUGUUCCAAUCAUACAUACUACAACGCAUACUCCCCAGACAUAUGGACAUAAAAGCGUAUCCGCAUACUCCUCUUCCAGACAUCCCCAAGUUCCAUAGAACCACAAUUCUAUACUGCUCCAUGUGAGACUUUACACAAGUCCUCAUUUCCAAUUUACUUUAGUCAUAAGA